UGCCCCAUGUCGAGAACGAGGUUCACUCUCAUCCAAUAAUAGUAAGUGUUAUUGUUCGUUAAUAAUUUGCUCAAAUGGCAUGGACCCAAUACUUCAUCCCCUUCCUCACCUCAAGUGUUCAAUCAUCAGUACUCUCAACUCGUCGUUCUUCGUCUUCCUUACCUUCCUUGGCCUGAUCGGAUCUUCAUCAGGAGCCGCAUCCCCAUCCCCGUCGUAUUACUAUAACCUAUGCGCCCCGUUUCUAUGUGGGGGCAUCAAUUUCACCUUCCCCUUCUCUGACUCAACCGCGUUCGGUUCCAGUCCCAUCGACUGCGGCCUGCCCAAGUACCAGAUCUCCUGCGACACCAACUCCGGCCCCAGCCUCGAGGUCUCUACCGGCCGGUUCUACCGGCUCAAGACUUUCUUCCCAGACCCGGACGACAGGGUCAUCACCGUGACCGACACUCAGCUCAUCAGUGAUCUGAGAGCCGGCUCGUGCGAGUCGCUCCAAAACCUUACGAUAAGGGUUGCGAAUCUCAGCCUUCCCCAGGGGAAUGUAAACUUAACCUUCUUCCGCUGCUCCAAUGAGUCAUCGCCCCCUCCUGACUUUCUCGAUAAGGUGGUGGUUAAUAAGAGCUGCAGAGAAGGCGGAGAGGUCUACCUAAUGGUGAACAUCACAAGGCUGGGCCAAAGCGUGGUAGCAGCCCCUGAGGGAUGCAAACUCGUGGGGUUGCCAGUUUCCGUUAAUUACACAGUCCGCCAGCUGCUGAAUACAAGUAGUACUAAUACUAGCAGCGAGCAAUGGGAGCAGCUAUUGACUGUGCUGAGCAACGGGUUCCAGCUCGUAUGGUCGCAGCAGGAGGAGUGCCAGAUUUGUGUGUCGAAAGGGGGACGGUGCGGCUACGAGUUGGGGAAGGUUGUCUGCCUCUGUGAGGACGGCUGUGGGCAGAAGAAGUCCAGUAAGCGACCAAUUAUCAUUGGUAUUGCAUCGGGAAGUUCUUCUCUGUUGGUCAUCAUAGCGUUGUAUCUGCUCAUAUACAAGAAAGUUCCAUUAGUUCCAAGGAAGUCGUACUUUGCCAAAGAGCAGCCCUCGAAAGAGAGAGUAGAUGCAGAGAACUUCAUUAGAACUUAUCGGUCGACCCUGUUAACUGGUUACUCAUACAGGGACUUAAAGAAGAUGGCGAAUGGCUUCAAGGAGAAACUUGGGGAAGGAGGCUAUGGCAACGUCUACAAGGGGAAACUAUUGGAUGGGCGUGUUGUUGCUGUCAAAGUGCUUGAUAAGUCCGGUAGUGAAGGUCAGGACUUUAUUAAUGAGGUUGCCACUAUAGGUAGGAUCCACCAUCUCAACAUCAUUAAUUUGUUUGGGUUUUGCUUGCAAGGACCCAAGCAAGCUCUUGUGUAUGAGUACAUGCCCAAUGGGUCUCUUGCGGACUUACUAGGCAAGAAAGGGGCAAGCCUUCAACUGGGAAUGGAGAAAUUACUCGAGAUUGCCAUAGGGGUCGCUCAUGGAAUAGCAUACUUGCAUGGAGGUUGUGAGUCCCGGAUCUUGCAUCUCGAUAUAAAGCCCCAAAAUAUAUUGCUCGACCAGAACCUCAUCCCUAAGAUCUCUGACUUCGGCCUGGCAAAGAUUUAUUCUCGUCACAGAAGUGCCAUCACGGUGACUGGCCCGAGGGGGACUUAUGGAUUUAUUGCUCCCGAGAUAUUCAUGCGGAACCUUGGGAACCCUUCUCACAAGUCUGACGUCUACAGCUUUGGCAUGCUACUAUUGGAGAUGGCUGGGGCGAGAACUAGCCAAGCAGAGAUAAAGGCAAAUGCAUCAUCUAGCGAAUCUUAUUUCCCAGAGUGGAUCUACGAUAGACUCAACCAAGAGAAAAUCAAUACCGAGUGUUCUGAUUCCCUGGUGGAGGAGAACAGUUUAGUAUCGAGGAAGAUGUUAAUGGUCGGUAUCUGGUGCAUUCAAGUGAAUCCUAGAGACCGACCAUCGAUGCCAUUGGUGCUGGAGAUGUUAAGUGGUAGUGUUGAAGACAUAAAAAUGCCCCCGAGGCCAUGCUUUUUUUCCCCUCCGCGCAUUCAGUUAGAGGAAUUGCAUUCUUUAAAUGUAGAAAGCAGCAGUUCAUUGCCUCUCCGACUAGAGAGUUUCGAGUCACAUUGUGCGUGAUGAAAAUAUGGAGUUCGAAUCAAUUCAAGUAGGAAUUUCCUUAUCUCAAACUGUCAGCUUAGUUAAUGGAUGUUGGGUUGAUCCGCUCUAUAUGGAGGAGAGCAAGCCUGUGUAUUCAGAUCGUCAACAUCAUCCAUAAUGAAGAUUACGGAGAUAUUUGGCUGGACCUCCGAAUUGGACCAUGAGAUAAGUCCGAUUUGUUAGCCUGCAUGUCUCUGAGAUCGCCUAGCGACCAAGUAAGAAAACUAGAAGAGAAAUUUUUUUGUAAUUAUUUAAUUUUUGAACUCUUAGUCAGGCAUGACAUUUUAUAUAAUCAUGGAAAAGAGAAUAAACUAGAGCUCAUCUAAAAAAAUAUUUAAGAGGAACUCGAAGAGCAUAGAGUUGCCCCUCGUAAUAAUAUCCUGUUUUCUUCAUUAUGGCAGGAUUUGUAUACAUAUAAAUUUAUGUGAUUUUUGUUAAGUCUUAAUAAAGCUCGAAUAAUAAUUUUCUCAUUUUCUUCA